UGCUGUUUUUUUUCUUUUUUGGGAAACGCUCGGUUUUAGCGACCCUGACAGUGGUUUUUUUUUUUUGAGUCAGCGCCGAAAGCGUAGAAGAAGAAGAAGACUGUGGCAACUGGCAGAUUUUCCGUUGGAGCCCCCGCCAUGGCUGUUGGAUCACUGAGUCUCCGCAUCGGGAUAUGAAGAGGAACAGCACGCCUUAAAAAGAUUUAAAGAAACAAUAAUAUCCCGCUGAUUUUACACCUGCUCUUAGCGACAGCCUGCGCCAAGAUAUAUAUAUAUUUUUUUAAACCCGGGAGGGGGCUACAGAGAGAGGCUAGCUUCAUGACUAUUUUAGUCGGAGACGUGUCUUCAUAGGCCCGCGGAAAGGAAACGAGGAUUUUUUCUUUUCUUUUUUUAAGGGAGAAACGUUGCUCUGAUUGACUGCUGUUGGGUAGUUUGAUUAGGUGAUUACUUCUUUCUGUCUCUCCCUCUCCCCCUCCCCUGGUGGAUCCUCAAAUACUGUCAUCCUCUUGGAUGAGAAGGUUCGGCCAAUCGAUCUGCCCUGCCGUUUAGCAAGUCACAGCCCAGAGAGAGAGAGAGAGAAUCGAACGGAUCUGAUCAUGUCGGGUCGGCCCAGGACCACAUCCUUCGCGGAGAGCUGCAAACCGGUGCCGCAGCCCUCCGCCUUUGGCAGCAUGAAAGUCAGCAGGGAUAAGGAUGGCAGUAAGGUAACGACGGUUGUUGCCACUCCAGGCCAAGGUCCUGACAGGCCACAGGAGGUGAGCUACAUGGACACCAAGGUCAUCGGCAAUGGAUCGUUUGGCGUGGUCUAUCAGGCCAAGUUAUGUGACUCUGGAGAGCUGGUGGCCAUCAAGAAGGUGCUUCAGGACAAGAGAUUUAAGAACCGUGAGCUGCAGAUCAUGAGGAAGUUGGAUCACUGCAAUAUCGUCCGCCUGCGCUACUUCUUCUACUCCAGUGGCGAUAAGAAAGAUGAAGUAUAUCUGAAUUUGGUUCUGGACUAUGUUCCCGAGACGGUUUACAGAGUGGCCAGACACUACAGCCGAGCCAAACAGACUUUGCCCAUGGUGUAUGUCAAGUUGUACAUGUACCAGCUGUUCAGAAGUCUGGCCUACAUCCACUCAUUUGGGAUCUGCCAUCGGGACAUCAAGCCCCAAAAUCUGUUGCUGGAUCCAGAGACAGCUGUGCUCAAACUCUGCGACUUUGGCAGUGCUAAGCAGCUGGUCCGCGGGGAACCCAAUGUGUCCUACAUCUGCUCUCGCUACUAUCGAGCCCCCGAGCUCAUCUUUGGUGCCACUGACUACACUUCCAGUAUAGAUGUGUGGUCAGCUGGCUGUGUGCUGGCGGAGCUGUUACUAGGACAACCGAUCUUCCCCCGGGACAGCGGCGUGGAUCAAUUGGUUGAAAUUAUUAAGGUUCUUGGUACACCGACCCGAGAACAGAUUCGUGAGAUGAACCCAAACUACACAGAGUUCAAAUUCCCCCAGAUUAAGGCCCAUCCUUGGACUAAGGUGUUCCGGCCACGCACGCCCCCAGAGGCUAUCGCCCUGUGCUCUCGUCUGCUGGAGUACACCCCCACGGCCCGCCUCACCCCUCUAGAAGCGUGCGCACACUCCUUCUUUGACGAGCUGCGUGACCCCAACAUCAAACUGCCCAACGGGAGAGAGAAGCCCUCCCUGUUCAAUUUCACCACCCAGGAGCUCUCCAGUAAUCCCUCCUUGGCCUCCAUCCUCAUCCCCGCCCACGCCCGGAGCCAGGCCGUCGCCUCCACCCCAACCAACGCCUCUGCCACCACAGAUGGUAGCAGCACAGAGCGAGGACCCAGCACCACCACCGCUUCUGCCUCGGCCUCCAACUCCACAUCCUGAGCCGGCAGACUGCCCGCCCUGCCUCAGCCCCAGCCCGUGGCCCUUCCAUCGCCCCGGCCAGGGGGUGAGCUCCGUCUGCUCUGCUCUGCCCGCCUGUACUCCCUGACAGCAGCGGAGAGAAGCCGACACAGUCCGGGUUCAACAGCUAGCGAACAGCGACCCCCUCUCCAAAGCCACAACACAAACUCGGACCCCCUUAUCUGCCUCUUUGUCCCCCCCUUACUGGCUCCUCAUUCAGCUGUUUGAACCCUAACUCCAUCCUCCGUCGAAGACAUUUCUCCAUGUUGUUUCAACGGGGAAGCACACGGCAGGGCCAGAGGCAUUUCUGACGUGCUAACGACGGCAGUACGCGUAUACACGACGCUUUCCUGCUUAUGUGUGUAAGAGGACAAGCUGUAGAAAAUGUCCUAAUGCUGUUCCCUGGGUCCUCUCGUCUCCUCCCCCUCAUCCAUCCAUUUUUCUGCAUCCUUGGCCGGUCCUCAUUGGUUCCUCCUUGUAGUGCAUGACCUGAGUAUGGUUAGGAUCACCUGGGGCCACCGUACACCUCCACGUCUGCAGACUGCGCAUGAGGUUCACACGCGUGCACACACAAAUACACACACACGCGCGCACACGGAUGCAUGAUGAUGUACAUGGAAAGACGCAGCCCACUCGUGGGGUAAAUUGGACAUUUUUUUCUCCCUUGCCUGGGGUUGUUUUUAAAUGUUAGCGAGCUGUUUUACUCAUCUGUUUUUAAUUGGUUUUUUUUUCUUAUUCCAGGGCAAGUCUUUAUUGAUGGAUCCAACGCGAUGGUCCGCUGUACUUGUAUAAUAUAUCGUACAACACAAAAACAUGCAUUCAUACGUACACGGUUUGUAUCUUAUUUUUCCUUAUGUAUAAAAAGUAUAUAUGGAUAUAUGUACAUUAACUACAACUGUUCAGAAAUCAUUUAUGGCGAGCUCUUAUCUGGCAGAGCAGCAGCAAUAUUUGCUGCUGCCUGAAUGCAAUAGAGUUAGCAAAGGUGGCGGUGGGAUUUUUUUUGUUCAUUCGUUUAUUUCGCAGGAGUACGUUUAGAUUCUGGCAGUCUUCAUUGCUGUACUCCUGCGUGUCGUGUCGAGGGUGGAGAUGGAUUUAGGGGGCGUAGCUCUUCGUUGUAACACCCCCCCCCCCCCCCCCCCCCCCAGCCGUCUGUCUCCAUGAAAAACUCUCAACGUAUCCUUUUCUUUCCUCAGCUGUUUGAAGGAUCUCGUCGCCGCAGAGUUCCUCACACGUGGUGACCACUGACUGAAGUCCUAGCCUAGCAUUCUUUUCUCUCCACUUGCCGCACAUGGAGCCACUCGGUACAGUCCGUAGACACGUCUUAUUUACAGAGAAUACUCACUAUGAUAGUUAAAAAAAUUAAAUAAAAAAAGCUGAAUUUGUAUAUACAGUAUAAAUGCUCUUCACCAAAUUCUGACUCGUAUGUUUGUUUGUUUUUUGUUUUUGUUUGUUUAUUAUUUCCUUGUGUUGAAGUUAUGUAUAUAUGCAGACCCGUGUACUGUUUAUGAGCAAAAACAAAGAUGACAAAGGUGAGAAUAGAAUGAAAAAGAUGAAUAAAAAAAUAGCAGAAUCAGGGCAGAGAACUGAUGUUGUUUAUGGAUAUUGUAGACGAUGAUCAGCUUUAUCCAGCCAUAUUGUUCAAUCUUACCUGUACAGUUACAGUAGAUGACCGCUGUAUUAUUGUAACAAGAACUAGUCAUGUAUAGUGUAACUAUAGUUUGGAGUGCCUUUGCUUUCAUACACCUUCGCCUUGUUUCCCCCCGGUGCUGUUGAACAUCUGCCGUUCCCACAAAAUUCACCCACUCAGUUCUUUUCUCUCUCUCUUCUCCGCCUGCACCAUUUUCAUCGCACACUUGACGUAAUGUGUUGACAUUACUUGUAAGGAUAUUUUCCUUAACGACACCGUAGACGAGUGUUUAUUUUGAUAGCCGUUAAAAGGUUUUAUCUUGUACAAAGUCCUGGCAUGCAGGGGCACGGGUUGGGGGAGGCCGCACGGUGGAAAUGUUUACUGUAUAUACACAGUACAAUUUGUGUAUCUUUUGCCGUGUUUGUUCCUUUACCAAAGCCAAAUUAGUCGUAAGGAGUCGUCCUCAGAGGCAAUAAUGUUCUGUCUCUGUCUGGAUUUUGUCGUUUCUCUGUCCCGCUCAUUCUCAUCAGGGGGCGGGGGGGAUUUCAGUAGCACCUAAUGGGUUGAGUCAUGUAGCCUUUCUCUUGUCCCGCUUGCUGUAAUUUUUGCAUUCAUAAACAUUGCUCACCAGCCCCUCCUCAACAAGACAUUUGACCACUUCACAAAAGGUUACCAAAAAGAGUCGAGCGAGAACGGCGUGUUCCACAGUUCAAUCCGCACACGCUAACUGGGUUUAAAGAAAAGUAAAACAGUAAAUACCCCCAAAAAAACCAUCCUGUAUAACAGUACUACUACUACUUGAAUGCCUCUGUUUGUGACUGAAAUUUUAAUUUCAUGUUUUAUUUUUUGUUUGUUUGUUCUGUUCUGUGAAGGUAUGCUAAAUGUGCGCCUCUGUAAAUAUUCCCUGUGCGUGCUCUGAGGAAUAGUUCCCUGGUACUGUAAUUUGCAUUAAAUAAAGAGUAGGAUAGCCUGGAAAUGAUCAAA